UCACAUAUCGUCUUUAUAUCUCAUACAUCUUAUUUGCUCUACCUUCACUCCCUUUUUUUCUGUUCUAUUACUCUCUCUCUCUAGUAAUGUCGAUCAUCGUUACGACCACCGGCUGGCCUCCAUAAGCAUGUUUUCUUCCCUUCAACUUAGUCCUUUAUGUCAUCACUUACACUCUCAAUAACAAUCGGAGCAAAACAAUAACAAUGGCUAAGGUACUCUGUAGUUAUUAGUAGUGAAAGCGGGGGAAGAGAAACACUUUGGAGUAGGGACUUCGUUUCUUCAUUCUUUUUUCUUUUCUUCAUUAUUAUUUUGUGUUAUGUUAGGAGGAUGACAGUGAUAUCGAAGUUCCUUUCGCAGUCCAGUGUUGUCGCUAACUUUAGUCGGAAACAAGGCACCAAAAAGGCGACACUAGCAGGCUGUUUACUGAUCGCAGCGGCUGUCUAUGGAGCCAAGAAAUGUCCCCACAUUUUCGACGUCCUUCGACGAAUGGGGACUUCAAAUGAAAGCCUUCAGCUAUCUUCAACAGACCAAGCUGCUGUUGUAACGGACAAAAAAGAAGCAGAAGAAAACAUUCCACGAACAAAUCGAACUAUUCGUUCAAAAAAAUCUCCAGCUGUAAACAAAGUGUUUUUUGAACAAAUUCGCUUCUUGCUGAAGAUUGUUAUUCCGGGAGUAUGGACAAAAGAGUUCGGAAUACUCUCUUUACAUACCUUGUCUUUAAUCUGUCGGACAUUCCUGACUAUCUACGUUGCAUCUCUGGAUGGUAAGAUUGUGAAGACAAUAGUACAGAAAGACGCCUUUAAGUUCAUGUUGCAGUUGUCUAAGUGGAUCGGCAUCGCCAUACCUGCCACAUUCGUCAACAGUCUUAUAAGGUUUGUGGAGAGCAAGCUUGCUCUUGCCCUUCGUACCCGGCUGGUAGAUUAUUCCUACCAGAAAUAUUUCCACAACCAAACCUACUACCGUGUCAGUAACCUGGACAGUCGCUUGACCAACGCCGACCAAUGUCUCACGGAUGACAUCAAUGUGUUCAGCCAGUCCCUUGCUCACCUCUAUUCCCACCUCACCAAACCUCUACUGGACAUAGCUAUCAUGACUUUUACUCUUUAUAAACUAGCCAGAAACCGUGGUGCAAGCUCCAGGAUACCAACUUUAGUGGCUGUCGUCGUCGUCUGUGUCACAGCUAAGGUUCUGAGAGCAGUGUCCCCUCGGUUUGGAAAGUUAGCUGCUGAAGAGGCAAAAUGUAAAGGAGAGCUACGUUACAUGCACUCCAGGGUGAUCAGUAAUGCUGAAGAGAUAGCUUUCUAUGGUGGCCAUAAUAUUGAACUCAGUGCCUUACAGCAGUGCUACCGAUCUCUGGCUUUACAUUUGGAUAUCGUUUUCCGGAAACGUUUGUGGUAUAUAAUGCUAGAACAGUUCCUCAUGAAGUAUGUGUGGAGUGCUGCAGGUUUGGUGAUGGCAGCAAUACCCAUCAUUACUGCCACAGGAAUCAAGGCUGAUGGUACCUGUGUAAAUGAUGACCCAGAUGGAGGAGUUAGUGAACGAACUCAGUCUUUUACCACUGCCAGGAACUUACUUAUUUCAGCAGCUGAUUCCACUGAACGGAUGAUGUCUUCGUAUAAAGAAAUUACUGAAUUAGCAGGUUACACAGAGAGAGUUCACACUAUGUUGUCAGUGUUUGAUGACAUCAAAGAAGAGAAAUAUGUACGGAAUACUGUCUCAUUCAAUGAUGGACGUUCUUCUGCAAUGUUGAAAAUCUCUGGUAAAGUGUCUGACUGUGAUAAUGGUAUAUUCAUCGAAGAUUUACCUAUCAUCACACCAAAUGGAGAUGUCAUUGUUCCAGAACUGUCUUUAAAUAUUACUCCUGGUACUCACCUUCUAAUCACUGGACCAAAUGGCUGUGGAAAGUCAUCACUGUUUCGCAUUCUAAGUGGAUUGUGGCCAGCUUAUCGAGGAAAUCUCAAGAAGCCAGCAACUAAACACAUGUUCUAUAUACCCCAACGCCCUUACAUGUCAAGAGGUAGUCUGAGAGACCAGGUGAUUUACCCUAACACUGUCGGUGAUAUGAAGGCAAAAGGGGUGAGUGACAAAAACUUAGAAGAAAUUCUCUCUCUCGUCCACCUUCAGCAUAUUGUCAAUCGAGAAGGAGGUUGGGAUGCUUCGAAUGACUGGAAAGAUGUGUUGUCUGGAGGAGAGAAACAACGGAUGGGAAUGGCAAGGUUAUUUUAUCAUAAGCCUCAGUUUGCACUGCUCGAUGAAUGUACAAGCGCUGUUUCUAUUGAUGUGGAGAGCAGUAUAUACCAACGGGCUAAAGAUGAAGGUAUUACACUGCUCACUAUAACUCACCGGCCAACUCUCUGGAAGUUCCAUUCGCAUUUGUUACAAUUUGAUGGCGAAGGAGGUUGGCUGAUGGAGGUCCUUGAUACAGAUACCAGGCUUUCUUUGAAUGAAGAGAAACAACAACUGGAGAAGCAACUUGCUGGUGUACCAAAGAUGCAACGACGACUGCACGAGUUGUGUUCCGUCUUGGGUGAAGACUCUGUACUUCUUGAUAAACAUUCACUUCCAAAUGAUGACAGUACUCUUGAUACAGACAGCUGCCUGAUUGAUCACCAAGACUGAUUCUCAUUCUAAUGUCACUUUUGGUAUUUCACAUUUCCUGAAUAAAUGUUGCACUGACCCAAAUAGGUGUUACUGACCAAGAAAGAACUUCUAACAUAAGAGACAUUAUUUCAUUAUUAAGAAGAGAAACAUGUUGUAUUUUCUAUUAACUAAAUUUAAACAUUUAACUUCGUUUGACAUUGUUGAAUCAAAACCUGAAAUUACCAGCAGAAUUUUAAUGUUAAAACUCUGCAUUUUUAUCUCUCAUAAAGCAAACUCACUUGAUCUCAAGUUGUGAUCAUGUUUCAGUAAGCUUACUUCGUCUAUUUUUAAAUACAACUUUUCACAUAUUCUGACACAUAAUUUGUCUUUCAGUUUGGUAGGGAGUCAGUGGGACUUUACUUCACUAAUCCCUAAUUUCCUAUCUGACAGAAAGGAUUUCAAUUCUAUUGAGCACUCACUUUCUGACUGUUCCCUGGCCCAUCAACCCCUUCUACUUCAGAUAGACCUUUUAAUACAACCUAAGAUAUGAACUCAGGAGUACCAACCAAAUUCAGUAAUUGAUCCAAUAUUAAGUACUUUCUUAAAAAUCUGAUUAGGGUCAAGUCUAAAAGUAUUUUAGUAACUUAUUCAAACAGUUAUAUAUGAAGCAUUUCCAGAGUUACAAUAAGCAAGAAAAGCACAGGUAGCAACAGAUGUUUUGUGGAGAAACUGUGGAAUAUCUCAAUCAAACCCUGAACAUCAUCUUCAACUGCAAACAAAGAAUGGAGCCUUAAUAUUGUUAAUAUGAUUUUAUAUUUUAUUUUUACAGUAUUUCAUAUCAAAUUGCAAUCAUGGAUUCACAUGGUUGAUUUCUGCCAAACCUCACACUGUUGUGUGUUCAGUUUGUUUGUUUGUUUUUUUCUCACAUUUUAAAUAAACAAUUUAGCUUCAGUUGA